AUGAAAGAAAAGCAGAUACUUGACCCUACUCAACCGAUGGAGACGACAACAAGACGAUGGAAAGGAUGGAUUGUCUUCUUUAUUGGGUUGAUAAGUCUCUUUUAUAUGGCUGACAGACAGGAUGCUUUUGUAGUCACUAAUAGCCAAUGUGCCAUGACGAGUCAACGACCAAGUACUGUCUUACAUUCAGGAUUCCCUCCUAUCGAUAACGUGACAGGUCUUACCAUUUUACCCGGUAAAGCCGCAGCCAUCGCAUUUGAACCUAAUCCAGCAGUGGAACGCUUAAACGUCAUGGGUGGAGAAAGCUGGUGGGACAGAUUGUUUCCUAAUCGUCAUGUUCAUCUACACAGUGUUCAAGUUCCUGUACUGAGUGCCAAGAAUCAAACAAUUUCUGCUGUGGUGUCUAUUUGCUCAGGCGAAGGAGGCAGACUGACCAGACGAAAGAGAUUCCCAGAUAUGCAACGCUGCGUAUCGACCAAGGCUGUCGAGAUUGAAACUGAGCCAGGCGAUACGUUUGGCGUACUUGAAUGGGAACCUGAAGUAGUUAUCGUACUCAAGAAAUCAGCAAGAUAUUGGCUUGUUCUCGAGUCUCCGAGUGUAGAAAAUUCGUUUGAAUGGGUCUACGCUGAACAGCCAAGUGAUGUAACAGAAAGUAUUCCAGUUGCUAUUCAAGGUGAGAAUGGAUGGCAGAUGCAGCUAAAGGAUACACCACCUCCAAGUGCUAUUGUCACGGUUGAAAGGCAUUCUUGA